AAAAACUUGGACUUUCGCUGAAAGUGGGGCAAAGAUGAAUAUGAGAAGCUCGCAGAGAAGAGACUCAGAAGAAAGAGAAAAGAAGGAUGGAAAACCAGUGCAGCCAGUCAAGUGGGAGAUUCUACAGCACAGGGAUUACAAGGGGGACUUGGAGUCCAAACUUAGGAAGACAGUUGUCAUUACCAAGAUGAUCCCCCAGUCUGAGAUGGGAGGCUACUACUGCAAAGUCUGUGACUGUGUGGUGAAGGACUCCAUCAACGUCCUGAAUUACAUUAAUGGAAAGAAACAUCAGCGAAACCUGGGUAAGUCUAUGUGUGUGGAACGGUCCACUCUGGAUCAGGUAAAGAAACAUUUUGAGGUCAACAAGAAGAUGGAAGAGAAGCAGAAAAAUUAUGAUUUUGAGGAAAGGAUGAAGGAGCUCAGAGAAGAAGAGGAAAAGGCUAAAGCAUACAAGAAAGAGAAACAGAAGGAAAGAAAAGGACAGAGGAGGACUUGA